UUCAAGCGCUUCUCUAAACUUCACUUUUGAAGCGCUACCUUUUCACUUCCAAACACGAUGAAAAAUAGACACUUGGUUGUGUCGUUUAUCGUCGGCUUUUUUGAACCAAACGAUUACCGCAAAGUGCUUCGUAUACACUACCUAAUGCGCAGAAAAUCAGCAAGCGCUUAUUUGGAGCAUACUGAAACAAACAUAUGUUUCUGCCAUUUUGUUUUCAUUUUUUGAGUUGAGAAGUUCAGUUUUCUGCACGUGCGUGUUUCUUGCGACUUACAGAAUAAAUAAAUUAAUAAAAAUAGGUCAAUAAAUUGAAAUAUUGUAACCAAAUACGUGUGGUUUAUUAAUAAAUGUACAAAGUGUUAAAUUCUCAAAUUCAGAUUGGUUUGGAUUAGAAGUGGGAACUUUCCAGAUUUUUUCCAAUUCUUGUUGGCUUGGCGUUUUCAAGGUAAAUAUUCACUUGGCAAAAACUCCUGGCAUUAGGAGCCAAACAGUGUGCUGCAUUUUUGGCAUAUUCCUAGGUGAGCAGAGUGCAUUCCGGUUUAGUACAGCAUAGGUAUACAUCUCAUUUCAAAACCAGACUUUACCACUUUUAAUUAAAGUGUUAUUUUGCAGGAAAGUAAGUGCAUCAGACAGGUAAAAUGAGUUAUGCGCUUUUGGGCUAUAGCAAAAGACAUUUUAAGCGGCUUGUAGCCAAAGAAUUGAAUGGUUUGAAAACUGUAGACGAGGAAGCCCCGAAAGAUUCAUCAAAUCGCUCUAAUUUAAGCAACGAUACGAAAAAUGUCGAAGUCAAUGGAAUUUCUGUUCCGGAAAAUCCAGAAUACGAGAGGAUUCUUAUGCCUUUAAUGCAACCGUCAUUCGAUAUUAUUUCGGGAUUUAAAGAAUGGAUGGUGAAGCAUAAAAUAAGGCGAGCUGCUGUUAAUGAUAUGCUUGUUUUGUGUAAAAAAUCUGGUCUUAAUGUCCCCAUUUCGACAAGUGGUCUUUUCGAGAAACAAGCGAUUUGUACGCGUCAAGUAAAACCUGGAGAAUAUUUUCAUUAUGGGUUAGAGCAGGGCAUUAAAAAAUGUUUACAGUUAGAAGUUCCUCUGGGUCAAAAUAUUUUAGAAUUAGAUAUUGGUAUAGAUGGGCUUCCUCUAUAUAAAAGUUCUUCGAAUUCCUUAUGGCCAAUUCUCGGAUCAGUAGCGAACCACACCAAUAUGUCUCCAUUUUUAAUUGGGUGUUACAUUGGGAAAAAAAAACCUGAAGAUAUUAACGAUUUCCUAUUUGAUUUUGUUCAGGAAUUUUUGGUAUUACAGGAAAGAGGUAUUGAGCUGGGAUGCUCCACAGUGUUUAUUAAGCUACGAGCAAUUAUAUGCGAUGCUCCCGCUCGCGCUUUCGUUAGCGGAACAGUAGGUCAUACUUCUGCCAGUGGAUGUUCCAAGUGCACUCAACAGGCUAUGCAAAAAAGUGAAUGUUCCAAUUGCACACAACAAACUUUACAAAAAAAGAAGCGCUUGACAUAUAGCGUAACAGUUGAGAGCUUAAGAACGGACGACGACUUCAGGAAAAGUUAA